CAAUCGACGCCCUCUUAAGAACCCUAACACCAAUACAACAAAACGUACUUCUGAAAAACAGCACCGGAGUCGCCCGGCGGGACAGACCAGCGAUCCUGACCAACGACAUCCAGGGAGCAUUUAACUGUGUAGACCACCUACUCCUCGCAGAAAUUAUGCACCAGCAAAAAUUCCCCACCUAUCUAACAGAAUGGUGCAAGGAAUUUAAUACCGGCAGAAAACUACAGUUCCAAUUCAACCACGAACUAGAAGAACCACAGCCAUAUGAAUCUGGAGUCCCGCAAGGUAGCCCCAUGUCCCCGGUACUAUUUAUGAUUUACCCCGGAGUAAUCCUGGACCCAACAAGCAGUCCGAAAGAGAUGGACACAACAUACAUCGAUGAUGAUGCGCUGGUGCAAAUAUCCAAAACACCAGGGUUCAUAAUCAAGAGAAUGGAGGAACGAAUGAGAGAGAGACUAAUAAAAGCCGACCCACUCCAAAUCAAAUACGACCCGGAUAAAUCGGACCUGAUCUUCUUCCGGCCCACAACAUCAUCCAUACAACAACCACGACUUCCAGUCAAAAUCAACAACACCGCCAUAUACCCCAAAGAGAGGCUGAAAUACGUAGGAGUCUGGGUAGAUCCGACCCUCUCCUUCCGGCCCCAUAUCGAAGCAGCAAUCGCAAAAGGCCUGAAAGCCCUACACCAAAUCCGAAACACUGCCCGCCUGCCAGGAAUAACAGUUAAGACAGUCCAUCACCUAGUAACGCAAGGCUUCCUUCCAAGCCUGCUCUAUGGGUCCGAGGCUUGGUGGACUGGUGCAGACCAUAUCAUAAGAUCCCUUGAACCACUAUAUAAUGAAGCUGCCCGGGUCAUCACAGGCCUACCACGAUGGACCAAGAGAGCUAAACUCCUCCGAGAAGCAGGCCUACCCCCCCUAGAACACCUUCUGACAUAUCGUUCAAGAAAGUACGGAACCAGAAUACUCUGUACCGAGGCAACCCACCCCAACAAUGAAUCCCUAAUCGAGCUCCUCCCAUACGGAGAAACGAAUAUCAAAGGAACAGGACUGCACCGGAUCGCCUCCCUCUUACUCCCAUACCAAACUCCUGGAAAUAUGAGAGAUAAGUGGAACCAAAAGAAGCUACUACGCGACCACCUGUUAGAGGAAUGGAACACAAACCCAAUACCUAACUACCACCACCGGGGGGAUUUCCGCCCCCCUCCCAAAAUUGCGAAGCUUACCCUUACAGAAGCAAAAAAGGUAUUUCGAAUUAGUUGCGAAACUACCCGAAUCGAUAAACAUGCAGUAUAUACAGACCCCGAACCAUGCCGAUGUGGUAUGGAAAACUCAGCGAAACAUACACUUAUGGAAUGCCCAGCGUGGGCUCGAAUCCGCGCCCCUCUGAUAGACAAAAUCCCCGGAGCGAUGACCUGGGAAAAUUGGAUGUUCACAAACUUGAGAACGGAUCUCAUCCUACAAUUUGCAAAGAAAUCUCAACUCUCGAAAUGGUACGAGUCGGCGGAGGCGGAGGCGGACCUGGAAGAGGGGAUGGAAAGAAUUGACUAG